CCUCUUGUUCAGCUGCAGGAUCCCUACAUACUCGAAUCUGGUGGGAAUUUGUUGGAGUUUCGGAUGGCGACCGACGAGGAGAGGAUAUCAUAGAGACGACAACGAGCAAGAACGGUGAUCUGUUGUUAAAGAUUCGAGUUGUCACUGACCAGGAGUAGAUAUCGCGGAGGCGACUACGAGUAGCAACAGUGAUUUGUUGUCGGAGAUUCGAGCGACGACCAUCAAGGACCGAAGCUGCGUUGUUUGAUAUCAUAGAGAUGCAACAACGAGCUGUAGGCCUCGACACUAGAGUCAUGACGAUGCCUGAGAAGGCCUACACCCGAGAGGACCAUAUGCUAUUACAUGGGCCCUAUGUCCAAGUAGGAGAUGAAGAAUCGAGGAUCUUGCAUCCACCCGUGGCCACCAACAACUUUGAAAUAAAGUCCGAUCUCAUUACCAUGAUCCAACAGAAAAUACAAUUCCAUGGAUUGGCGAAUGAAUCUCCAAGAGAGCAUGUCAAGAGGUUUCUCGAGUUGUUGGGAGGUUUCAAGAUCAAUGGAGUACCCGAAGAGGCCAUUCGGUUGAGGCUUUCCCCCUACUCUCUAAGUGGGAAAGCUCAACAAUGGUUGAACAACAGGCCAACCCUUUAGAUAACCUCGUGGAAUGACUUGCUCAACAAGUUCAUGAAUCGGUUUUGUCCACCUUCCAAGACGGCGGAAUGGAGGUAGAAGAUCACUCAUUUUGCCCCAGAGGAGGACAAGACUUUGAGCGAUGCAUGGGAGAGAUACUCUAACAUUUUCCUCCACUGUCCACCCCACGGGAUUAGAGAGCAGUUCCAGAUUGAAACUGUUUAUGACGGUCUCCAUUUAGAAGUUCGGAUUAUCAUUGACUCAUUGUGUCAAAGGAACAUGCUCAACUAUACUACACCUGAGAUGAUCGCAUUGUUUGAAGAUAUGGCCGCUAAGGGCUAAUGAUUGGGGGUUGACAAGGCGUGGGAGAAGGACAAGCGAGAAGGGAGUCCACUCCACGAAGUCGGGUCCCCCAGUCACCGAAGAUUGAUGAGUUGAUCUCUAUGCUCUUACAAGAUAGAAAGCAAGGCAAGAAGCCGAUGCUUGUGAUUGUUGUUCAAGUCCCAACCAUGAGAUUUGGAGUGCCAACUAAUGAAGGAAGCAAGCAAUCCGGAAGAAAAAGUGAGCUUCAUUGCUAUACUAGGAGAGUCAACAACAACAACAACAACCCCUAUAGCAACACUUACAAUCCGGGUUCGAGCAAUCAUCCAAACUUUGCAUGGUCUUCACCAACUCAUCUAAGGCCAUCUGGUUUCCAAGGACCAACAGGAACUAUCAACCAAGACCUCCUUUCAUUCAACAUAGGCCACAAUUUCCAGGCUCGAACUUUCAGCAACAAUUUCAACCUCAAUGUGGACAAGGGUUCCAACAACAACAACAACAACAACCCAAUAAGUUCUCAAAACUUGAAGAUCUAUUCACCACCUUUAUGAGUAAAAGUUCUCAAAAGUUCGAGAAGAUUGAGAAAUUCAUGAAAGUCGCAACAAACAAGUUCACUUCGGUUGAGGCGGGUCUAAGAAGUCAUCAAGCGGGCCUUCAAAACUUGGAGACUCAAAUCGAAAAUCUUGUUGGGAUCCUAACCGAGAGACAUAGAGGAGCUCUACCUUCCCAGACUGUUACCAACCCCAAGGAUCAAAGUUUUGGGGUGAAUGCUAUUCUUUUGAAGAGUGGGAAGGUAACUCCAGAUGUUGCGACUAAGGAAGUUGAUGAAGACAAGGAAGCCCCUCCAAGGGUCAUGGAAUAAGAACUCUCAGAAAGAGAUGGUGAAGAGGCUAAGAACGUACUGCCAAUGCCACCUCUAGUGGCUAAGCACAAGACUCCACUCCCUUUCCCUAAAAGAGUGCACAAAGAUCGUUUGGAGGUGGAGUGUGACAAGUUUAUGGAGAUGCUCAAGAAGCUCAAUGUCACAAUUCUUUUCUUGGAAGCAAUGGCGUAUAUGCCAAGGUAUGCAAAGUUUCUCAAGGGGCUUCUAGCAAAGUUUGUCAUAUAGAGAAAUCCUUGGCGGAUUAGGAGAAAGCAUCAAUGUCAUGCAUUUAAGCUUUACAAGAAGUUAGACCGAGGUGAAUUAAAACCAACUAGGUUGAGUAUUACUUUGGCUGACGUUCUGUGAUGAUUAGUCCUAGUGGCAUUGUGGAGGACUUCCUAGUACGGGUGGGCACUUUCUAUUAUCCAACAGAUUUCAUUAUCCUUGACAAUAACGAAGAUGCAGAUUUGCCCCUCAUCCUAGGACGCACCUUCCUUACCACCGCCAAGGCUCUAAUUAAUGUUAAUGAGGGCACAUUAAUAUUGAGAGAUGGUGAUGAGAAAAUCACUUUUUCCAUUGAUCCUAACGGUAGACAUGAUGAUAUUAAAGGGAUAGAGUCGAAUGGUGUGUUAGUGAGUGGAGGUGAGCCUUCCAAGGCAAACCCCGCUAGUGUUUCUCUUUCUUAUGAUGAUGUGAAGCAGGGACCGAGGGCGGUUACUAAGCCCCAAGGGAAGCAAAGGAAGGCAUGACGGGAGAAAAUGAUUAUGCUUUGACACUGAAAGAUGGAGAAGGGCAAGGAAAAGGUAAAGGGCCAAGAGGGCCACCCUUUUGAGUUAGAGAUUGGAGGUGAUUGAUUCUGGCACAAUUGUACAUAUUUUCACCCAACGUUCUUGAGGUGUUUGAGUCGUUUACAUCGCUUGAGGUUUGACUUUAAGCUAGGUUGUGCAUGAUUCCAACAUGUUUCAGGUUCUUGCAGGCGAUAUUGGCCUUGGGAGCGAAAGUUGAACGAAAGGGGCGAAAGCAGUUCAAAGGGAGCAAAAAGCCGAUGAUCACAGUGGAAGCACGAUUAUUACAAUUAGGUCGACCGUGAUAAGGAGGCCCAAACUGUGAAGCACAAGGACACGAGAGGAUUUUUUGUGCCUCGCGGGCGCUACCGUGAUAAUCUCCAAGAGACUGUGAAAACCUUAAAUGAAACGACGCACUUUUGUCCGAGAUCACGGUAUGAGAUUCUAGAUCACGACCGUGAUCUGAGACCUUGAAGAGCGUGUGAUCUGGGUAUAAAAGGAGGAUGGAGUCGAAACUUUGGGAGAGAGCCUAGUGGGAUAAUACCUUCUUCUUCCUCAGAUUUUAGAGAGAGAAACGAUGAACCAAGAGAGAAGAGCUUCUCUAGGGUUUGCUCCAAUCUUGAAGAUUGGGGAUUUUCACCUCCCAAGGGUGGUUUCUACAACAAGGAAGGAAGCCACAAGCCACACCAUUGUUCUUCUUCUUCUCUUUGUUGUAAUCGCUAGUUUGACUAUUGAGUAGUACUCUUUAUCACUUGGGUAUUGUAAACCUUAGCUUUAGAUGUGUGAUAGAUUGUAUGAAUUGAAUGAUAUGUGUGUGGGUUUGUGUUUAAUGCAAAGUUUGAGGUAUUUUCAGAAUGUUUGAGUUGUGUUGUUCAUUUCUCAUUACCAUGCAAAUUUGACCUAGUUGGAGAGAAACCCCCUUGUUUGCUAGAGGCUUUGAAAAGCUGGGUUUCUUGGCCAUUCGAGUCUCCCAUCUAGGGAAAUUUAGGGCAAGCCUCAAGUUUUGAUUUAACACUUUGAUUUGUUUGUUAUCUUGUCGUCCGGAUUAAGUUACGAGGGAGUAGCCUUACCAACCCUUGGUUGAGCGGCCAAGAGAGCUAGUUUGCUAGCUUCAAUUGUUGUGCCUUGGCCUAUCACCCAAGAGAGAGGAGUUUCUUCACUAGUUGCUCUCUCCUUAUGGUGUAUGAGCACAUUCCUACACAUUGCCAUUCUAAUCGGUCGAUCUUGAUAUAUAGCUAGGGGGAGCAAUACCCCGGUGAAGGUUUCUCAUCUAGAUUCUAAACCAAUUUAUUUUCUUUCUUGUCUCAAUUAUAGACCUUAGUUUUCACUAAAAAUUGAUUGCUAGAUAAGGUUUAAACGAUUGAAGUUGGGGUACAUGGACUGCCCCGGGUUGACAUUUUAAAAUGCUUACUCUAUACUGCACCCUGCUAGAGUUUAUACUUGAGAUCUAGGCGGGAUUUUAUUGUGGUAGUUGGUGUGAGUUAGUGAUGAACCUCGCCGCGAUAGUGUCAGAUCCACUCUCGGAGGGUUCAUGCUUGCAAGCAUGAUGAUCCAAAUUGUCUAGCUAAGUGUCAAGAACCAGUUAGUCCAAAUAACUCGAUUUGUUGGGAGAGGUUAUAUAAUGGAUCUUAUACCACUAACUAACACACCCCACUCAAAUGAAAUCCAAUAAACUCAUAAGAGUUUU